AGUAUCACUGCAGCCAGGCUAGGGGCACUCUGGUCUGUGCCACCCUCCAAGCCAGACAGACAGCAGGACGGGCAGACAGCUGCCUCUCAGACCAUUGCACAUUAUGGAGGCCAUGUACAUUCAACCCUUGGAAGAGGAUGGGGUAAUGAUGAAGGAGGGGGAACAGGAAAAAUGUGGGGUGCAGGAAGGAGGAAUGGAGGCCUCAUCUCCUACGGGUUCCUCCACGGAUGAGGAAACAGAUGAAGACUCUGAACCAGAGCCCCCGCCGGUCAUUCGGAGGAAGGUGUCAUUCGCCGAUGCGUUUGGCCUCAACCUGGUGUCAGUUAAGGAGUUUGACAACGUUGAGGUGACGGAGACAGAAGUCAGCCAGCCCCCUGAGAGCGAGGUGACCCGUCCCUUGGAGGAGUACUACAUGUCCUGUCUGUUUACAGUCCCCUCGUCCCCAGAGGAGCUGGACCAGAGACUACAAGCACAGAUGGUUGAGCUGGAAAGCAUCGAGCUCCUUCCUGGAACCACCACCCUCCGUGGCAUCAUCAGGGUGGUCAACCUCUGCUACAGCAAGUCUGUUUACGCCCGGAUGAGCCUGGAUCGCUGGACGAGUUACUUUGACCUGUUGGCAGAGUAUGUGCCUGGAUCCAGUGAUAGGAAAACCGACAGGUUUACCUUUAAGUAUACCCUGGUUCCUCCCUUUGAGAGGGACGGGACCAGACUGGACAUCUGUCUGCGUUAUGAGACUUCAGUGGGCACUUUUUGGGGUAACAACAAGGAAAUGAACUACGUGCUGUUCUGCCACCAGAAGGGACAUGUAAGUGGGCCUCAAGUGCAAGAGGAGAGUAUCAGCUCCAAGAGCAAGAGGAGCUGUCUCAAAGCUAACAGAAGGGGAAGUGCAGAAGAAAAGACCAGGGAGACCAUUAACGCAUCAACAGUUACUACAGAAGCAGAGGCCACAGAUAAAGCAGAGGAGGCUGACAGAAUGACAAUGGACAGUGCAGAGAUACAAUCAUUACUAUACCAUAAAGAACAAAAACCUUUGGUGGAUAGCAUAAAAACUAGACACAGAGCAGCACGUUUGGCACGUGUGCAGGACCACUUUUCCCAAAGGAAGCAGCAAGUGCCAAAGGGUUAUUCACAUGACUCAGCCAAUGUCCAGAAAGUUUCCCAGCCUUUGCCAACUCCGUUUGGCGACUCUACCAGCUUUCUCCAUAAACGCCAAAAGAAACAAUCCAACGAGAGUCCACAGGUGCUCACCUACCACCAGAUUCCUCUGCUUACACUGGACUGGAACAGUGACAAAACCCAUCAGUGGGGGACUGCUCACAUGGAUGACAUCUGGACCGGGAGAGCUAAAAUGACCUUGUCAAAAUCGUCAGCGGUAAAUAUAGAAGAUACACCUUCUGUUAAUGAUAUGUGGGAGACCUUUCGUAACGGUACAGAUGAUAAAACUGAUAAAGAAACCUCAGUAUGCGAUGUAUGGCAGACAUUUCUUAAUGGGCCGAGCUGUACGGACCAUUCUGGUGUUCCAGAGUCAGAAUGGCUGCAGACAGCAGCGUCGGUGUCUCCCUCAAAUGACAAAGAGCCCAAAAACCAAUAUGCAGCAAGCAGUCAGGAGCAUGAAUUUCAGGUGGGCAGGGAUACACCCACCACCUUACAUGUGCACACCUCAGCUGCAUGUCAGCUGCUGUCAGACACUCGUGAGACAUUGGUGGCUAAUGCUGCCUCGAAAACUGAAGACCAACAGCCAGCAGAGGCAUGUGUCAGCCGCCCAAGAGAUGACAACACAGCGACACAAGAUGCCUCCCAAAGGUCACAGACAAACUCCGUAACAGACACUCUGCAGGAAUUUAGCCUCAAGGGGGCAAUGCCUGUGUCCGAGGGCUCUGUUGACAGUUCAACCGAGUGUCACAAGAAUGCGAUGUGGGAGCAAGAAAGACAAGGAAUAAUAGCAGGAGCAGAAGGAAAAGAAGGAGAUGAGCCCUUCACACCACACACAGCUGACUUAGUAACAAGCUCAGGGGAGUCGGAGAUAACAGACAUGACAGUAACGCCAGAGUCCCCGAAUGCCAGCACUGUUGAUAGGAUCUCACAGGGAGCAAGGCUGGAUGAGGGUCUUUCUUCCAAGAGGGAAGGGCAGGUUACAGGUACCGCACACAAUGCGACGAAUGACACGCUGGCAUUUAAGGGGACAAUCAGACAGGGGACAAAGGAUGGUGAGAGGUUUGUCUUUUCCACAUCCAGACAAAGAGUGGAUGAAGGCAUCAUGAAUAACUGUACAAAAAAUAAAAUAUCUACAGAAGAGGAGAUAUUUAGGCCACAGAAAACAGAAGUGUGUGAAAUCUCCCAGAGGUAUGCAGACGAAAAGCAAGGUGAGGAAUUCAGGCUGAAACGAAACAGUAAAAAACCAAUACAGGGGAAUGAGAGCGAUGAAAAUGAAGUAAGCCCUGCAAAAUCACAUGCAGAUGAAUUAAAUCCAAACCAAACCUGUGAGGACAAUUUCAAGCAAAGCCAAAUAAUGGCAAGGGAAUUCAAACUGGAGGAAUCAGAGAACGAAGGUGUUACAUCAAGUAAAAAAGACGAAGUAUUCAGAAAGACAGAGGUGGAACCUUCCCAUUAUACAACAAGCGAAGAAAAAAAGAGACUAAUUGGUACAGAAGCGGAAAUUAUCCAAGUAUUAAAUAAGGAAGCAUGGCAACAUAAUGACAGAGCUUUAAAACUGAAUUCGUCAUGGCAGAGGGAUAACACAUCAGUAAUUUCAGAAGUACCUGAUAAACAGUCAAGGCCAGUCCAAGCAGGGGAAGAGCUGCGCAUUCAGAAAGAGGAUGAGGACUCAAAACUGACACAAAUACAGGAAAAUGUACCAAAAUAUGAAACAGAGGAACAUGUAUUAAUCUCAAAUCAGACAGAGGAAGGAAAAAGCUUGAGUUAUGAUGGAAUAAUUGAUGAGCAACAGGAAAUAAACCCAUCAGCACAGACAAGACACACAGUGGAAUCAAGGGAAAUGAAAAAUGUCUUCCAAAAUGACAAGGAUAUAUCCAGACCUUUUUCAAUAGAUAAAUGCAACCCAGACCCAGUGGAGGUAAUCGAAAUGAGAUGGACUCAUUCACAGGAUGAUAUGAAGGGUCAGAAAGAGGACGUAGGCCGUGAAAAAGGCCCAGAAGAAGUUACGGCGAAAGAGAACAUCGUAAAGGAAGACACUUCAAGAGAACUUCAACACCAACCUGAAAUAUUAGAAAGAAUAGAGGAAGAUAUGAGUCAGAGAGACAAAGAUGAGAGGGUGAGUAUUGGAAAGCUGAAAAUAGAAGCUCUGGGGGAGUUGAUGGGUAAUGUGGAGAUCCCUCAGGGGGAGAGGAAGAAUGCACCAGCUGAAUUGAAAGAACAAGAGUUGUCAGCAGAAGUUGAGAGCUCUCCACGUGUUCAAUAUAGAAAAUUGUCAGAGGGAACAAAAGACCCUAUUACAGCGGAAAGCACUGUAGCACUUGAAGUGAUAGAGUCGGGAUUGGAGGAGAGGUUCAUAGAAAGAUUUGGAGAAGAUUUGGUCAGGGGGAUUUGGGAAGAGGUGUUUGAUCUGAAAGCCUCUAAUAGAGACACAAAUAUUGUUGAUGGAAUGGGGGGCAAGCUAGCAGAUAUACCUGAUAUUACACAAGAUUGCCAUCUUCUUUUCGAGGAACACGCCAAUGACGCUUUUGAUUCAGGUGUAUUUUCCUUGACAGAAUUACCACCAGAUUCAAGUUCAAGUCUCUGUCAAGGCCUAGAGCAAACCAUAGUGACUAAAAGCAAUGACUACUCCACAGCAGAGAGAAGUCAGUCACUCACCACAGCAGAACAAACUCACUUGCUCUCAGAAUCACAGAUAGAUUUGAAUUCAAGUGUUCAUCUCUGUCAAGAUCUCACCCCUGUUUUAGCUGCACAGAGUAGGCAGUCAUUGACUGAAUCAGCCCAAAGCUCUCCAAAGGAUCAGGAAAACUACACUCAAAUAAAAGACAGAUCAGUCACCCGUCAGGACACAGAUAGACAAAUAGAAGAGUGUGUAGUCGCCCACAAAGGGAGGUUUAAUCGAUCAGAUCAACCAACUCACAAACAUCUCAGUUCCUCUUCUGAGAAAUUGGAAGAAUCCAAUAGUCUCGUAUGGUGGAGUAUGUUAUACAUCCUAAGUCAUAUCACCAGACUUCUAAUCUGCGGCCUCUUAGUUGCUGGAUUCUUCUUCAUCGCUUUCUUGUAUGAUUUCCCAGCAUUCUUUGCGUUCUACGUAUCCUCAUCAUGCUGGUGGUUUUAUAAGUGGAAGACACAUCGGGUGACGACAAACAAGGGGAUAGUGGGAUAGUCCAAGUGUAAAGAGGGAGGGAACGGUGAUGUGUGUGGCAUUUUUAAACACCAGUACAUCACAGUAUUUAUAAUGUUUCAAUAUCUUCAAACCGUGUAUUCAGACUGGUGAGACCAUUGCGGAGAUGGCUGGAAGCAACAAAAAUGGGUGCAAUGAAACAAAAUGCUACACACAGCACUUAUAGUGUGUGUGUG